AUGGCAUCACUCAAUUUGACGAACGACCAAAAAACAAAGUUCAAAUGCUGUCCAUUGAAUCCAUGUCACUUCAUCCUCUUCAUUCUCCUUGUUGCACCACUCUUCAUGACAUGGAUGUAUUCAUUCCGAACCAAUUCAGCGACCACAUUCGUCUUGGAUUGGAUCGAACAAUAUCUCACCACUGCUACGAAUUCUUUCUCUUCCUCGUCUCUCUUUUCCAAAAUUCAACAACGAGAUCAAAACAUUCAUGAAAGACUGAAAUUUCACACUCGGAGACCAUCAUUGAAAAAUUUAUUAAUGGUGGAUCGUUUUCAUGAUCAUUGGCCAAUCUCUGCAGUUGCCACCACUUCUGAUGGAACACUAAAUUCAUCCACCACUACCAUGUCGACGAAUGCUGGUCGUAGUAGUAGUAGUAGCAUUAGUUCUUCUUCUUCUUCCUCCUCAACGACACUGCCUUGGUAUUUGAAACAAUCCAUCAUUCAGGUCUUGUCACAAAAAAAUCUUAGUUCUUUGUGUGAAGUGGUCAAUUCCACACACUGGACAGUUCGGUGGAUGGCCGAUCAUUACAAUGAACUCAAAAAUAAGACACUCAAUCAAGUGUUACUUCCUGGAACGCAUGAUUCUCUCACCUAUGAUAUUAAUUUUUAUAAUAAUCGAUCAUCACUCUUGUUUUCAAAUGACAUUGAUUCGAUGCUUUUAAAAUUGUUUAAUCUUCCAUUUGUUUCAAAGCCGUUCAUGUACAUGAUUAUGGUUCCAUGGGCCAACACUCAGAGUUGUCAUGUCACUCAACAAUUAAUGCAUGGCAUUCGAUAUUUCGAUAUUAGAAUUUGCAAAGAUGAAAGAGAACCUUUCAUUCAAAAUCGAUUCAAAUCUUGUCACAAUUAUUUUGGAUCCUACAUUUCAGAAGUAUUAGAACAAGUGGUGGAUUUUUUGACCAAUAUUUCUCCUUAUGAAUUUAUCGUCUUGGAUUUUAAUCAUUUUUAUGGUAUGAAUGCAGAAGAUCAUGAAUUUUUUGCCAUGUAUAUUGCAAACACUCUCAAUCAUUUACUCAUUCAACCUUCACAAUUUGAACUACAAACAAAAUUGGAACAUUUAUGGAAUACUUCGAAACGAAUUUAUGCGUUCUAUAGUGAAAAUGUCAUUCCUAAAUCUGUCACCAAUUAUUUGUGGAAUAGCUCACAGAUUGAUUAUACUUGGGCCGAUACUACUAAUAUUGAUUAUUUAAAUGAAUAUAAUGUUCAAGUUUUAGUGGAGAGACAACAAGUGAUGCAUCACUUUUUAAAUUUACAACUCGUAUUAACUCCAGGAAUUUUAGAUUUUGUCAAUGGAUUUACAAAACGACCGUAUUCUGUGUUAGAUCUCUCCUAUAUAGUCGCUCAACAAUUACCAAAAUGGAUUUCUCAAGAUUACAACACCACACUCCUCAAUGUCAUUACUUGUGAUUUUUAUCACUUGUUUAAUUUCACAGAAAUUGUCAUUUCACAAAAUUUUGUGAACUAG